CACAGCGUUUGUUGGAGUCCGCGUGGAGAAAAGUAUCAGCGUUUGCUGACUUACCCGCUGAACUCUGAGUAGCUCCAGUGUUACAGGAGAACUUUGUAAGCUUGUGUUCUACAGUCCCUUUACCGACAUGGAUACUAUCCCUGACCAACUUGCAGAUUGCUCUGGGCAACCAGAGACGCCAGCCCCAAAGAUGACCCGUAAACAGAUCCUAACUUUAAUUGCAAUGGCAUCCAUAAACUUCAGCUCAAUGAUCUGCUAUUCAAUUCUGGGUCCAUUCUUCCCACUUGAGGCAGAGAAGAAAGGAGUCAGCCAAACAGUAAUUGGGAUGAUAUUUGGAUGCUAUGCUUUCUGCACACUGGUUGGAUCGUUAAUACUGGGGAAAUAUAUUGUUCAAAUUGGAGCCAAAUUUAUGAUAACUGCAGGGCUGUUCCUUUCAGGUGGAUGCACUGUAGUCUUUGGUUUUCUCGACAGGGCUCCAGAAGGAACAGUUUUUAUAGUGCUGUGUUUUGUCAUACGGUCUGUAAACGCAGUGGGCUUUGCUGCUGCAGUAACAUCUUCUUUUGCUGUCUCAGCAAAGGUUUUCCCCCACAAUAUUGCAACUAUUCUGGGCUUCAUGGAGAUUUUUACAGGAAUUGGACUUAUCUUGGGACCCCCAUUUGGAGGAUGGAUGUAUCAGUCAUUUGGAUACGAAAUUCCUUUUAUUGUUCUGGGAUGUCUUCUGUUUUUGGCUGUUCCCAUAAACAUGUGGAUUUUACCCAAUUUUGAUGCCGUUGCCUCACAAGCUUCUUUCUUCAGGCUGUGUUCCCAAGUAAAGAUUAUGCUCAUUUGCUUUGUGAUAUUCACUCUAAGCUCAGGAAUUGGUUUUCUGGAUGCAACAUUGUCAUUAUUUGCCAUGGACAAGUUCAGCCUAAGCACUGGAUCUGUGGGUCUGCUCAUGGUUGGGGUCUCAUUACCUUAUGCAGUUGCUUCCCCCUUGUUUGGAAUAAUCAGUGAUAAGUAUCCAUAUAUCAGGAGAUGGAUGAUGGUGGUAGGAGGAAUGGCAACAGCAGUUAGCUUUUGUUUACUUGGUCCUGUUCCAAUAUUCCAUAUUAGGAGUCAGCUUUGGCUUACUGUCCUCAUGCUGGUGGUCAUCGGCUUCUCUCUGUGUAUGACUUGCAUUCCAACCUUCACAGAGAUGCUCUUAUGUGCUCAUGAAAAUGACUUUGAGGAGGGUUUAAGCACACUGGGUUUGGUAUCUGGACUGUUCUCUGCUGUGUGGUCGGCUGGGAUGUUCUUUGGGCCCACUUUUGGUGGAUACAUCACACAAAAAUUGAAUUUUGAAUGGAGUGCAGGUGUUCAAGGAGCACUCGCAUUUCUCGCUGCAUUCCUGCAAAUAAUAUAUUUUGCUAAUGAAGAAAUACAAAACAGAAGGACACAGAAAAGAACUGUGACUGAAUCCACAUUGUCUAUAGAAGAAAAAUCCCCUCUGCUCUCUAAUGCUCAUCACUGAUAUGUAUUUUGAUGUGUGUAAAAAUCAUGGCAACACUGUAGCCCUAUUAAAAAAAAGAACUAUGUUUAUUAUACAAAAUGGUAUAUUAUGAAUGUGGAUAAAUGUAUUGUAGCCAAAAACAAAGCUGAAUUGUACAGUUAAGUCAAAAGAACAGUUCGACAAGAAUCAAAUACACAUUAUUUAUCACCGACCCCGAAUGCACUCAAUCAGCAGAGACAUGAUACCUGACGUUUGUAGCUUGCAAUAGAAGGCUACACUGCUAACAAACUUUGGACUAUUACCAAUCUUAUCUUGGUGAAUACUUCCCAAAAUGUAUAUAUAUUUGUUUUAUGAAUAUAUAAAAUUACAUUAAUAAUUAUUUAUUGGAUAGACCUCAUUUAAACCAAUGAGCUAAACUGGCUGCCCCACCAUUUAGCUAGAUCUGUGGACGUGUGCAUGUUUGUUUUCUUAGCAACUUUAGACUAGCAUCUUCCGUUCUGAGUUACAGAGGUAAUCUUUAGACACCAAACAUGUCUCGGUUGAGUAAUCCAUACUGCAUAAGUGAUAAAUCAUGUUUAUUAUAUUUUUCACUAAACUAUUAUUUUACACUAUGCCAAACAGUAAACACUGUUAUAUCUCAUUGUAAUAUUAUAUGGAAAUAGGAUAGUCACUGCUAAGAAAACACGGUGCUGUUUGUAGCUCAUUGAACUGUCAGUACCUCAGAAGUUGUAUAUUUACUGUAUAUGCAAUACAUAUCAGUACAUAAUGUACUGAUAAGAACACGUGCCUUAUUUAAUCAGCACAAAAUCUUUUUGUUCAGGUUUUAAAUGGAAAUGUGUUUUUUCAAAGUCUUGUCUUUAUAAUGUUUCUCUUUAAAGAGAAGCUUGAAGUGGUUCUACUUGUAUACAAUGUAUGAUUGUGUAUGUUUACCAUGUAUUACAGACAUGUUUAACACUUUCAGAUUCAGUUUAAACACUCAUAUUUGGUUAAAUUAAAUAUGGAUGGUCUUUUUGUAAAAGCCUUAUAUCUGUAAUAACUAUUUUAAGAAAUGCUGGAAUUUAAUAAAAAUACACUAUAUGGAUAAAAGUAUUGGGACACCUGCUUGUCAAUGUUACUGGACAGUAUAAAAAAGGAGAUUUUUUUAUACUGUCCAGUAAAGUGUUUCUACUACAUUUUGUAGCAUUACUGUGAGGAUUUUAUUGCAUUCUGCAACAAAAGCAAUCAAACCUCCAACUCACCCCAAAGGUUUUCCAAUGAAAAUAGUUCCACUGCUCUGCAGCUCAAUGUGAGGUAAGGCCUGCAUGAAUUCAAUCAGUGAACUUUGGAUACCCAUGACCCAUGAUUUAGCCAUCCCAGUUUGGCACAGAUCCUCACACAUGCACAUUUUCUUAACUCAAUACAUCAACAUCAAGAACAGGAUGAACUCACCUAUCAGUGGUGCUAUAAUAUGAGUAGUUAGUGUAUAGGUUAAUCAUUGUAUGCUCCAUAAAAUGUGUUUCUCUUCUAUUUAAAUAGAGUGAAUGUUUGUUUUUUGCCACCUAAUGCAUUUACAACUUUAGCUUAGUGAGUGCUCAGGGUUUUGAAACAAGCUGUAUUCUGUGUGUGUGUGUGUGUGUGUGUGUGUGUGUGUGUGUGUGUGUGACCAAAUCACCAUUAUGUUGAUAGAAAGCUUUUACUGAGGCUUGUUGCUUAAUAUGAUCACUGAAACAAUGGAAUAAUGUGUGAGGUAAUAAAAGAUUAGAAAUGA